CGCGCUCUUCACUCUCCUCUCAGCAGAAGAAACUUUUAUCCUUCUUUCCAAGAUCUCUUGUUUAAGCUGAAAGAUUUCAGGGUUCCAUCGUAGAAUCUCCAGCAUGGAGAAUAUCAUUUCGCUCGAUCCGAAGAACUGCGGCGUUGUAGGUCAAAACGUGAAAAUAGCUGGGGAGAAAACGAUGAAGAGCUCCAAAGGGCAGAGGAAAAGGCUUUCCGAUAUAAGCAACUUGAAGGAGCAACCUACACUGCAGAAGCGAGAUACGAAGACGCAGCCGGGUUUGCUUAUGACCUAUGAAUAUGUUGAUAAGUUACAGAAGGAAAAUAUGACACUCAUGAAAGUUAUCGCGGAAAGAAAUCGCAUAAUUGAGAUAAGUGGAAAUGAGUUAGAGAAAUUGAGAACCAAUUUUCAGAAAUUGCAGCAGCAGAACAUGCAACUUGCCCAAGCAAACUGUCAAAUGCUAGCGGAACUGAAUUCAAGUAAAGAUCGGUUAAAAGCGCUUCAGCAUGAGCUUGGAUGUAAAAAUGGCAUUCUUAUGUCCAGAAAGCUGGUUUUGGAGAGUAAAGGAAAAUCAGCAACACUUCAACCUGGAGAGGUAGGGACCACGGAAUGUAAUGAGGCAGAGGAAUCUAUAAGUGCAAAUCAGGAUAACAGGCCUUGCAAAUCUAACAGGAAACGGCAAUCCAGACGAGAAUCUUUUGGCACGUCAAGUCUUCAGACAGAAGUUCCAAAGAUCGAAGGCAAAAGGCCUUGUUUGAGACAGCAGUCUGCAAAGUUCAAAACAGAGGAACCCGUGGCUGCCAAUGAUAUUUUGGAGACAGAAAAUUCCAAUUCUAAUGACGCUUCUCAAUGUAAAGAGACUUCAGUUCUACAAACAGAGGUGCAAAAGGUUGAAGGCAAGAGGCCUUGUUCGAGAAGGCAGUCUGCAAGAUUCAAGGCUGAGGAACCAGUUAAUACAAAUGACUUGCAACAAAUAGAAACUUCCGAUUCUACCAAUGCUUCUCAAUGCCAGGAGACUUCAGUUCUUCAAGCAGAGAUUCAGAAGGUUGAAGGCAAAAGGCCUUGUUUGAGAAGGCAGUCCACAAGAUUCAAACUCGAGGAACCAGUGGCCACCAAAGACUCACUUGAGAUUGAAAAUUCAAAUUCAACCAGUGCUUUUCCAUGCAAAGAGACCAUGUGUGAAGUUGUUCCAACUUCAUCAGUAGGAAAAGAAGAUUAUGACAAUUCUAUUGAUAGAUCAGAAGUUCAAGAAUGUCGUAGGACAUCUGUUGGUAGACCGUCAAGGCGAGCCGCUGAGAAAGUUAUCUCCUAUAAGGAAAUUCCAGUUAACAUCAAGAUGCGCAGACAGGUAUAAUCAAUCCUAACCAAAAUUGGCUCGUCCUGUUGUCUAGAUGAGAGAUUUGUGAUAUUAGUAGAUAUUGAAGACAAGACUGCAACACUAGUUUUGUAUCUGUAUUCUUUGAUAGCAUUAGAUUCUGCUCUUACUGUAAAAAGCUCUAGUUUGCUUCCUUGUA